AUGGUGAUCACAAGACGAUUGUGUUGGUUUCCUUGUCUGUUUGUCAUAGUGACGUCAUACUCUGUGACUGACCUUACAUCCCUUUCAUCUACACUGUUACAGAACUAUAACAAGGAUCUACGCCCAGGUGCGGAUCAAAGUCAGGCUACCAACGUAACUCUCACCAUCAGUUUCAUCAACCUUCACGACUUCUCGGAAACGACGGGCCUGUUUGCCGCAAGAUUAUCGUUUCUGAUCACGUGGAUAGACGAACGCCUUUCGUGGAACCCUGGUACAAAUAACGGGAUCACUGAAACUCACUUUACUCAAAAUUCAAUUUGGGUUCCACAUCUUAUUCUUGCAAACGCUUAUUCAAAUUAUCAAGGGUUUGGUUCCGACAAACUGUUAGUGUCUGUAUCCCCCUCUGGGCUUGUUAAAUGGAAUUUCCUAGAGUUGUUAGAGAGUACGUGCAGUGUGGACAUAACAAACUUCCCCUAUGACAAACAGCGCUGCCAGAUGAACUUCCUCUUCUUAGGUUACACUUCAAGUCAAGUCGAUUUUACCAGUUGCUCUUUGACAAUGGAUAAAGCACAAAAAAAUUCCCUCUGGGAUAUUGACGAAAAAUCGCGGAUAAGUACAACUGAUUUAGACAUGCGGAGUAGAUUGAGCACCGAGUUCACAUUCUCUCGGAAAUCUGACCCAUACAUGUACAACAUAGUAUUUCCAAUGAUCUGUAUCGCCAUCUUACAUCUCACAGUGUUCAUCCUUCCUGCAGAAUCGGGAGAGAGGGUCGGUUUCUCGACCACAGUCAUUUUAGCCAUUGCAGUUUACCUGACCAUCAUUAAUGACCAGUUACCAAACUCCACUCUGCCAAGACUUGCCAACAUUGUCUACAAGCUAUUUGUGGACUUUUUCAUCAGCAUCUUUAUACACGCCUGUGUAGUGGUCAGUCUCGUGUUUUAUCUUAGAGAAGAAGAACAUGAUAUCCCCAAAUGUCUGAGUCUUUGUACACGAUGCUUAAUUUGUAAACGACGAAAUUCGAAUAAAUUACAACCUGUUUCACAAAAAACCGAAUCCAGUGGCGACAAAAUGGAUUUGGCAUCCCAGGGUACCUCAGAAGGUGACGACAAAUCAAUGAUCACGUGGAAAGACGUCAGUAAGGCGUGGGACAUUGUAGCCGCUACAACUUCAUUGUUAGCUAUUGUGUUAUCAAAUGUCACGUUCUUUUCUUUUCUUCAAUGA